GUUUCAUGCUUACCUCUGGUUUGGUCUUCGUGAUGUUUCUAUUUUAACAAAAUUUUAUUUCAACUUUUAAUUUGUGCUAUAUAUACCUAUAUUUUUGAAUCGCUGUUUUGGUUUAAUUUUGUACAUUUGCUGUUAUUGCGCACUAAUGGUGUGCAUACCACUUGUGGUUUUGGGUUUACCCACCAACACCACGCAAAUGAAUUGUAUUGUGUUACACAUCUUCCACUCUUCACUAUACAUCCGUUAUUUAAAAAAAAUUACGCUUACCUUUGUACAAACGAAUAACGAUAUACGCCUUACAUUAACUGCUGUGUAUAUUAUUUAAAAUUCUUAAAAUACAAUAACGUAAAAAAAUAUGCCCGCACGCUGUCUACUUCACAUGCAAUUGUAAUGGUGUAUGGUGGGUAUAUGUACUGCUGUAACGUAAUGUUAUCGUAAUGCUGAUUGGCUGCGAUGACGUUGGCUUGCUGCACUGCUGGUCGCUGCAUGUCGCCGGCCCUAGACAAUGGCCCGCCUGUGCCCUCAAACGCCCCUUUUGUGAUCUACACUGAUGACCAUGGACAGUUACUGGACACCCUCCAGGUGUGCCAAGAUUUUAAUCGAGGCCUCUGCAACCGGCCGGCCUGUAAAUUCGUACAUAUUCAGGAUGGAGAUGGGGUUGAAGUGGUGGACCAGCGAGUGGCAGUAUGUCGUGAUGCUGCAACGGGUAAGUGUUCGCGCUCCGUCUGUAAAUACUAUCACAUCCCCAUUGCGCUGCCACCUGCGCCCAUCAUGGCUGCCCUAGCCUCCACCCUGCAGCAGUCACAACGACACUCACCAAACUGUUGAUUUAUGUCAGUUUAUAUAGGACUUUAUAAUAUAAUUAUUGUAAUAGUCAUUUAAUGACAAAAAAUGUGUUAGUUUUUCAUUGAUAUAGCAUAAGUAAUAAGAUACUGAGUGAGAAUAUCAGCCAGGCUCUGUGUUGGAACAAAAAUAAUUUUUGUAUCGUGUACUAAUUUGUUUAUAAUGUUGAUAAGGAUAACUCGUUAUUGGGCUUGUACAGAGCCACCCCAUUUAUUAAUUUUAUAGUAUUUAAUGUAUCGGGGGUACAACCCAGACAGUGGGCCAUUGAGUCACAGUAGUCGACGAGGGAGAUAUCUCUUUUUUAAGUUUUAUGUUUGUGAUGAUGUUUCUAUUUUUAUUGUUUUUAUAUUUGCUGUGAUUUUGAAGACGUUAAAUGUUAGAAAUGAGACGUAUCUAUUCUAAAAUAUUUUUAAUUCGAUAUUUUAUAAAAAUUACUUGCGUAGUGCCUGUACGGUUUUAUUUGGAGUAAAGUGUAACUAAACCUUGGGCUACCAAUCGGUCUAGUCAAAAAUCGAGUAGUUGUAUAAUAAUAUGUUCGGUUUAUUGUAACUCGAUAUCUCCCAACUUAAGUGCCACAAGUGUAUUUUAAAUCGAAAAUGUUCCUGAAAAGCAUUUAAGUAAGUUCCACAGUGUCUGAUGGUGUAUGGUAUUAAAGGGUAAGAUGCGAUUACGAGUGUACGUCGAGUGUAUGCGUAGAUAUAAUAAUGUAUAAAAUGAUAGAAUCCGUCAUGUUAUAAUGUGAAUAGAGUAUAAGUUUUAAUGUAUUCUCGUUAAUAGUUACUUUAUUAAUUAAUUACGAUAGCGCCUACAAAGUUUUUGUAAAAUUACACGAACUAAGUAUGAACAACUUGUUACAAUAGUAUGUAAGUUAGUAUCAAUCUUCCCUUUAAUACCAACCUAAGAGCUUCCAGAGUCAGAGCACGGGUCUCUGCUUUGCUUGCGCUAUUGUUUGCUAAGUCAGCUCUUUCUUGGGUUGCGCUAUUUGUGUGCCCCUGCAAACCUUUUGCAAAUUUCCUAUUUAUUUUCUGUUAAUGUGUAUGUACAAGGUUACAUUAGUAAAGGGAACUACAUUGAACCUUCAACCAUUUCUAUAAUGCAUAGAAGACACACACACACACAACACACAAAUCUGAAAAUUCCUAAACGUCGAAUCCGAUUUCAUGUGCCUUGUACAUGUGUAUUACAGGUUGUAGGAAGUUAUAGAAAUAGACACUUGCAAUCAGUCUUGUAAUUGUAGCAUGUAGGUUAGUACAACCUAGAGUAACUUCCCUAACAUAUAACUUUAUAUUGUUACGCAUGCCCCCAAAUUGGAUUAUUCUCAUUCUAUACUUAAUAUAGUUAGUGAUUAGCCGUUCCUUAGCAGAUAUUCCAUAAUUAAUUCUGGCGUCAUGUAGCUCGAAUGCGAUGAUAGAAGGGAAUCAUUAUUUCUCCAGCUUUUUACAUUUGCUUCGAAAUGUCCUUUCCGCUUUAACGUUCAGAUGAAUUCGUAAUGUCGAAACUUGUGUUCUUAGUACAUAAUUGAGGGGUGUAAAAAUAAUGACUCUGAUAAAACUGUGGCUUCCAUUUGUUACUUCGACAUCUAACUAAAUAAAAAUUUAUAAGCAAAAAUACAUCCACCUCAAUUACCUACUCCAAAAUUUUUCGUAAAUUCUUUGCACAAUUUUAGAGAUACAUAUUCAAUAGGCUUUUUAUAGUGCUUUUGAACCUCUCUUAUUUGGCCUUGCUUAGUGCAGCUGUUGCUAUCGUGCUCGCUAGCUUUGCUGACAGAAUAUAAACUAACACUUGUUUGAUGUAUUUUAAUUUAAUUAUUGUUGUAUGUUACUGUUUUAUAGGUAUUUAUUUAGGGAAAGUCAGUUGUUCAAAAUUUCAUUAGUGUAGUUUAUUUAAAAUUGAUAUAUUAUAUAUUUUUAUAUUUUGUGUAAUGUACUUGUUCGUUAUUUCUGUUGUACUGACAUCCCAGUUAUGUUGUGAAAAAGUUUUACUCCGAGUCAUAAGCGAUCUGUACUCAGAUCUACACAACAAGCUGCCCGUCGUAAUCUAGUUGUUGUUAUUGAAAUAUUUUUACAUCUGGUAAAAUUAUCUGAAUCGAAGAGAGUGAAAUCAUAUUUCGACUGAGCCACAUUAUUUAACCGAAAAAUCUGUAAUUAUUGCAAAAACUGUUUUUAAGUAAAAAGGUGUGUAAAUAGUGGCUCAUUAUUUUUUCAUUUUAUCAACAACAAUUUUGUGAUAUUUUAGUAAUGAUUGUUAUUUAAGUCGUCACAUCACAAAGCAAGCAGCAAACUGUUUGCUCUAUCUGACAGAAAGUAAAAUAAUCGACUUUUGCCUUCUGUCAGUUCUGUUAAAAGUGUUACCAUUUAUUAAACACUGAUUAUGUUAAACGAUGAAAAGGUAAUCAGCAAUUUAAUUGCUCAGUGUUUAUUAUGGUAAUGCUUUCUUUAAGCUACUUGUAUAGUAAUACAGUGACUAAGGAAGAGGUUAUUCAAAAAUACGGAGAAAAUAAUUAAAUAACGAAACUAUAUUUUGUAAAGAUAUAUAUAUAAAAUUACAAUUGUGCGAUAUACAUAUAAAUAUAUAUUAUAUAUUAUUGAUUCUUGAAUAUUAAUCGUGUAAAUUAAAUUAAUAUAGAAAGGUGUGCAUGAUAAUUACAAUUCAUAAUUAUGUGUUUUCUCCUUGUUAUUGAAUAAUGGUCAAGCGUGUAGGAACCCUCUUUGAUUUGGGGCCUUGUGAUUUAUUAUUACUACAUAUUAAUACAGUCUUUUUCUCAUGUAAUAAUAUUGAUAUUUAAGUAUUGUAAUAAAAUUAUGAAUAAAAUAGAGUAUCGUUUAAUUGACACAAAUAUUUAUAGUUUAUUGAAGUAUGUCGGCCUUUUAUAGUUCCUACGCGCCUGUCUUGAAUUGGUGAACUAAUUUGAUAAAGUGUGUGAUUAUCUUUAUUGGUUGUGUUAUUGUUGCCGACAUUACUUGCCUAACUUUCAUUAGUGGUUGUGUUAAGUAAACAAUGUGCCAUAUCUGCUGUUAGAUUAUGUAUUCCAUCAUCUUAAUCAAAACAAUGUUAAGUAUCUUUGAUCUGCUCUAAUGUAGUCAGACAUUUUGUCAAAUUUUUAUGUUCACUUAUGUCUUAUAAGACAUGAUGAUUUAUUAUUGAUAUAUUAUUGAUUAUUAUUAAUUAUAAGAAUAAACUAAUGAUGUGAUGAUGAUCAUCUGAUCAAACAAAAAGGGGUUCAAAAUCCCCAUUUUCUGAAUAUAGUAGAGUUAAUAAACCA